AUGGUUAAUUAUCCAUUAGAGUCUGAAAAAAGAGAACGAUCAUUUACAUUUCCUCACCAUUCAAAACUAGUAAAUCAUUGUCAUAAAAUGUUACGAUCUAUAUCAAAUCGUUCAUCUAACAGAGCUAAUAAAAACUUUGAUACUACUAUGAAUGAUUCAUCUUCUUAUUGCUUUUCUCGUCGUCUAACAAUACCUAUAUAUCAAAAACAACAAUCAAUUAAAAAAACAUUUUCAUUAAUAUUAAAUAAUGCUCAUUUUGAAAUUUGUACUCAUUCGGAUGAUCAUGAAAUGCAUGAAUUUAUACAAUUUACAAGUAGUGAAGAAAAUUUAAGUACAAAUCCUCGAUUAGAAUCGAAUAUUUCAGACAAUACAACCGUCAAUCAACAAUCAUUAUCGAUGUCUACUGAUCAUCCAAAACCAAAAAAUCGACAUAGAGUACAUCGUGGAUUGGAACAUAUUAUAAAUAAAAUAAAAUCGCCUCGUCAUGAACAUAUAGAUGAGAGUGAGAAAUAUCAUGGUUAUCUUGUAGUUGAAACUUUAAAUUCUGAGUUAAUUGUACAACCAUAUGAUAAUCUUGAUCAACAAGCAACUCAACAUGCGGAACCAUGUGUACAAACAAAUGAUGACAAUUUUGAUUUGAAUCAAAUUCAAUAUGCAUCCGUAACACCAGUUUUACCUAAUCCAUCGCCAUUACAACGACCAAUAUUAGGCUUAUCACGAUUACAUAAUCAUGAUCAAUCUAAUAAUCAAUUAGAACUUCAAUCGACACGAUCUAGUGUUGAAUGUGGUGUACCACAAUCGGAUAGUUUCAAUAAUCAUGAAACACAAAUGGCACAAGAAUUAACAGCAUCAUUAUCAUCAACAAAUUCUUCAUAUGAUAAAUAUGAUAACAUAAAUCGAUCAUUACUUAGUGAUGUUGAAUAUGUUGAAGCACAAAAAUUGGAUUUGGAAAAACUUACGGUGGUUGAAAUUGAAUUAGCUCAAGAUCAUCGUGUUCUUCAACUUGAAUUAAAUGUGGAAUUAGAAUUCGAUGAUCAAUAUAAACAAGCACUGGAAAUUAAUUCACGUCUUCACGACGAAUUAAAAAGACUACAACAGGAAUAUGACCAUAUUUAUUUACCAUGGUCAUGUGUAUUGUGUACUAGUGAUAAUAAACCAUAUAAUGAAACUCGUCUUGAUACAUGUGAAACAUGUGAAAGUCCUAGUCCGUUAAAAGAUGAGAAACAAUCGUUUUGGAAUGAUAAUAAUGCAAAUCGUACAAGCAUUGAAGAUGUACCACAACUUGAAUAUGAUGAACAUCAUAUUACUUUAAUUGCUGAUCGAGAAAUUGAUGACUAUGGAUUAGACUACGAAUUAUCCAAUCCAUCUAUAGAUGACACAUCAAAAAAUCAAGGUAUUCUUAAAGGCAAUAUAACACCUGAUGGAAUAAUUGAUGAUGAUUUUGAAUCUGAAUUAGGUGGACAUCAAACAAUAUUACAUGAUACGGAAGAUCCUGAUUAUAAUUUAAUAAAAAAAAUUGGUGAAUAUGGAAUUGUUGAUUUAUGUGGUGAUGAUAAAUUUGGUCGAAAAGUAAUUCUUUGUUCAGCAUGUCGUUUACCACAUGAAAAUCGUAUUCAAAAUAGUGAAUUUAAAACAAUUGAUAAAUUUUAUGAUUGUUUAUUAAAAUAUAUUAUAAGAACAUUUGAUGAAUAUGUUGAUAUGGAUUAUGUUAUUGUAUAUUUUCAUCAUGGUUUACAUUCAUAUAAUCGACCAUCAUAUGGUUGGUUAAUGAAAUCUUAUAGGAAUAUUGAACGAAAAUAUAAAAAAAAUUUAAAGGCCUUAUAUGUUGUUCAUCCAACAGCUUGGAUUAAAUUUCUUUGGCCAUUCCUUCGUUCAAUAAUAAGUGUAAAGUUUUCGAGUAAACUUCGUUAUAUCAAUCGUAUUGGUCAAUUAACUGAAUAUGUUCAUUUAAAUAAUCUUAAAAUACCGGAAGAAAUUAGAUCUAUUGAUCCACUUAUUCCAAUAGAAAUUCCAUCAUCGGAACAAAAACCAACACAAAAAUUUAAUGUUUCACUUCAAUUUAUUCUUGAACAUGAACAAGGAGAAAAAAUUCCACUUGUUAUACGACAAACAGUUGAUUAUAUUAAAAGUUUUGGACUUAAUGAACCAGGAAUAUUUCGUCAAACGGUACCGAUUCCAUUGAUUAAACAAAUAGAAGACAAAUAUAAUGACGGACAACCAAUUAUUCUUCAACAAUAUGGUGAUGUCCAUUUUGCAUCAUGUAUUCUAAAAAUAUUUUUACGUAGUUUAACUGAUCCAUUAAUGACAUAUCAUCUAUAUCCUGAACUUCUUGGUCUCUCAGGUACACUUAAACGACAUAAUCAAAUUGAUAUUAUUCGUGAUUUAAUUAUUGAAAAAUUACCAGCACAAAAUUAUAUUGUUUUGAAAUAUCUUAUUGAAUUUUUAAAUUUGGUUUCUAUUUAUUCGGAUACAAAUUUAAUGACAACAACAAAUUUAUCACUUGUUUUUGGACCUAUUCUAGCUUGGUCUGAUGAUGCUCAUAUGAAUACAUUAGUUAAUAUUACAUUAAUCAAUACAUUCACAGAAAUUUUAAUUGCUCGUUAUACUGAAUUAUUUCUCAAAUAA